CCCCCCCUUUUCAAUCUCCAUAGAAUUCCCCCAAUUCUCGGCUGAAAUUCUCAGUUUUCCAUGAUCUGUGAUCUUGGAUCUCCGCCUUUCAGGUGAAGGUCUAUCAUGCCUCCUAUCCUCUGGAAGAAGGCCAAGAUCGGACGGAUCUCCAGUUUGUUAUCCGAUCUACGGUCCAGGCGCCGUGAAUCUUCGCUUGUUGUUCAGACCGGGUUCCCUACCUCCCUUGCCGAUCUCAUCGUCAAAAACAGGUCCCGGUUGAAGAAGCCAUCAACGAAGAAUGUCAGUGCUGAUCCUCCGUCCUCCCCGGUUUCGAGCUUUUCCCAUAGCACGAUUGUUGAUUCCAAGCCGUGCGAUGAUGGGCUUCGAUCUGAAGUCGGCGAGGACUCUCCUAGGUCAUCGAUCUCCAGAGAUGCUGAUGAUCUUAAGAAUGGCCGCGGCGUUUCUGGGUCCACUUGUUUUACAGCAAUCAUCAAGGUGUUUGUUGUGGUGGCUCUGGCGCUGGGAACGAAGGAGCUGGCAGUAGCGAUCACAGCAUCAGUAUCCAUCCUUUUUUUCCUUGAAUUUGUGGGAAAGCAGUGGUUUUUUUUCUCUAAGCCUAAAAGUUUUGUAGGUUUGUCGGAUUCAAAUGGUGGGCCUCUAGUUUGUGGCAGUACCAAUGAAAUUAGACGAAUUGGAUGUGCGUUAGAUUCUUGCGAGGGCCAAAGGAGGUUGGAGUCUCCACAGCUGGAUUGCAAAAGGGAGCCCUCUCGGAUGAAUGGCUCUGAAGAUCUGAUUGCAGUAAAAAACACUGCAAAUCCAGAUGUUCGGUGCACCAAUGAAAUUCAAGCUAUUGAAUCUAAUUUGGAUUUGCGUGGGGGUUUGACACAAGUGGAAAAGGCUAGAAUUCAGAAGACAGUGUCCAUGGAUGCUGGGGGUUUGACAAAAGUGCAAACCAUUAGAAUUCAGAAGGCGGCGUCCACAGGUGCUGCGGGUUUUACACAAGUGGUGAACGUUAGAACUCAGAAGGCAAACAGUAAGAAUUUGGAUUUGGAUUUGGGUUUGUGGGGGAGCAAGAGGAGAUUGGGAUUUCCAGUGUUGGAUCAGAAAAGGGAGGUUUCGGCAUAUGUGGAUGAUGGGGGUUUGACACAAGUGGAAAGUGUUAGAAUUCAGAAGGUGGGCAGUAAGAAUUUCAAGGAAAAGUUCUUGAAGAAGUUUGUACCAAAGAGGUUUCGUUCGAGGAGCAGAAAAUGUGGUAAGGUGGAAAGUGGUGAAAUGUCCAAUUGCAAAGGAGAGGUAGAAAGCGAAGAGGAUUAUGAUCUAGAAGAUGAAGAAAUUUGUAGUUUGGAGUCUUCGAAUGAUAUUUUGGAGGAUGAUUUGGAGGACGAGGAUGUGGCAGCAAACAACCCCCUGCAAAUCCAUAAAUCUGAGGAGCUUGCCACAGAAAAAAUGGUGGUCCCCUACAAAGAAAAUGUCUGCACAAUGAUUAAGUGGAAUGCUGGUCACAUGGUUUCUUUAGUGAUCAUCCUUUUGGGACUUACUGGAGGUCGGGCUGUGGCACUUAUAUUGACCAUACUAUGGCAUCUGCUGGUGAAAUUGGUAGAGACCUUGUGGAGGAAGUUGAAGAUGUACUGCAGCAGGCCACCUCUCUUGUAGUUGAAACCUUUGCAUGCAUCAUGAAACUGAUCAUUCUGGUUCAUGUAAGGUCAAGCUCCAAAUUGUACUUGUAGUUCCUGAUAUCGAUGGAGGUUUGUUCAACCUGGUGUUGGCAAUUCAACUCCUGAUGUAAGCUCCUCCACCUCGGCAAAGAACUCCUCAAGAGAAGCAUCUACGACUAUGCAAUCUUUCUUAGAGACAUGUUUUCUAUCCUCCUUGCUACUACUGCCUAUUGUUAUGGUUUGCCCAUAUUCAAAAGGAAUUCCUUGAAUGAAGUUUUCCAAUCAAUAUAACUAGACCAUAUCUUACAAUC